GCAGCACUAUGACUACUACGGCUGGCAGCCCGAGAGCCUGCCCCACGGGCGAUUCUACGGGCGGGAGCCCCAAUGCCUCGACAUCCCUGCCGACAUGCAGCUCUGCCGCGACGUGGGCUACAAGCGCAUGCGGCUGCCCAACCUGCUGGAGCAUGAGACUAUGGCUGAGGCCAAGCAGCAGGCUGGCAGCUGGGUGCCCCUGCUCGCCAAGCAGUGCCACACCGACACACAGCUCUUCCUCUGCUCCCUCUUCGCCCCUGUCUGCCUCGACCGGCCCGUCUACCCCUGCCGCUCCCUCUGCGAAGUGGUGCGUGACUCCUGUGCCCCUGUCAUGGAGUCCUACGGCUUUCCCUGGCCUGAGAUGCUGCACUGUGCCAAGUUCCCCUCUGACCAUGAACUCUGCAUUGCCGUCCAGUUUGGGAACAGCAAGGCUACCCCACCGCCAGUGGUGAAGAUGCGCAUCAAGGAGAUGAUAGAGGAGAAUGGGGAGCGGCGGCUGGUGGCCGCCCAGAAGAAGAAGGUGCUGAAGCUGGGGCCCCUCAAGCGCAAGGACACCAAGAAGAUGGUGCUGCACAUGAGGAAUGCAGGUGCCUGCCCCUGCCCCCAGCUUGACAGCCUCAGCGGCAGCUUCCUGGUGAUGGGCCGCAAGGUGGGCAGCCGCCUGCUCCUCCUCGCCAUCUACCCCUGGCAGAAGCACAACAAGGAGAUGAAGUUUGCUGUCAAGUUCAUGUUCUCCUACCCCUGCCCCCUCUACCACCCCCUGCUUUAUGGGGCUGGGCAGCACUAGGGCUCUGCCCACCCUGCUCAGUUCUGCACUGGCCUGAUGCUAUACCCCUGGCACCCCAGCUGCACCCCUGGCAUCCCUGGUUGCACCCCAGGACACUGGCUCUGCUGCCCUUAACCCCUUGGCUGUGCCCCAGGACACUGCUCUGCACCCCCAGAAUUCCCAGCUGCAUUUGUGGGAGUCUUGAUCCACAGUUAGGAUGCCUUCCCCCUCCUGAAAGGCCUGCUCUGCAUCCCUGGGACCCCUGUUCUGCUCCCAGGAGCUUAGGCUGCACCCAAGACCCUUUCUCUGCAUGUUUAUGAGCCCUGGUCUGCACUAGAGACCCUUGGCUACUCCCAAGCCCCCUGCCUGGCACCCCAGGGACUCUUGCCUGCCCUAAGGAUCUCUGCUUGGUCCUCUUAGGACCCCUGGAUGCACCUGAGACCUCUACCCUGAACCCCUGUGUCCCCUGCCCAGCUCCCUCAUGACAUGCCCUAGACCCUCAACACUCCAGAUCCCCACUCCAGCCCACCAGAGCAUCUCAUGCCCUCACCUUGAGUUCACACCCCAGCCCUGAAUUAUCCCACCUUCACAAGGUCUCACCCCAGACGAGGCAGGUCCCUCCUGCCCCACUGUCCUCACAGACUGGCCCCUCAAGACCAAGUGCCCAGACCAGCACAGCCCCUGCCUAGGCUUCCCCACCCUUCCCAUCCCACAUGGCUCAGUGUGGUGGGGUCUGCCUCCAAGCCCCCCAGACCAGUCCUGCUGCAUCCCUCAUGCACGCCCCUGCUAAGACCCAGACUAGGCACCCAUCGUCCAUCCACACCACAGUAAAUUAUUCUGCCUUAGAGAA